ACAUGCACGCACACACACACACACACACACCUCUCUAUCUCCUGAACAGACUCUCAGCGUCUCCUUUACGUCUCUUUGGCUUUUUCUUUUUUCGUGUUUUUACCUUUUCUGUCUUCUCUGUCUCUCACUCUCCCUCUCUUCCUCCCGACACAUUUUAUCUCUCUUUUUAAUUCUCUUGUCUAUUUCUGUCUCUUCAUCUCCCUCCCUCCCUCUCUUUCUCUAUCUCUCUCUUCCGGAUGUCAGGCUCCUGUUCGCUGCAUGUUAUACAUGCACAGCUUAUCCAUGCCCUCGCAAAUCCAGCAGGAUUCCUGGUCUUUUCUAUCUGGGAGAGUAAAGAAUAAAACCAGAGGAAUAAAACUUCUUAAUGUCAGGGGCAGAAACUCGGACCAUGUCCAGACAGUGAGGAGUAAAUACAGGAACAACCCCGGCCUCGGAACAUGAUUGGCUGUGAGGGCCUGAAGGGGUGAGAGCCUGAGAGGUGGUCGCUCCAAUGGCGUGGACCGAGCCACGGUCGCGUCCAGACCCAGAUCCAGAACCAGAACCAGAACCCGAGCCAGAACCAGAAUCCAAACUGACACCUUACAAUCUAAGGACUCAAACAUCAGCCACAACUCUUCCAUCAACCAUUCCUCCGGUCCAGCCUCCGGUUGUACUGCCCCUCCUCGUCCUCCUGCUCACUGCCUUUGCUGACCUCUGUGCAGCUGGUCCACCGCAGCCGGCCCGCCCCCCCCUCCUGUCCGGACAGCCUUUUAUCAUCUUCUGGGGCAUCCCCGACUCCUCCUGCCCCGGUCGGCCAGACGUCAGAUCUCUGGGGAUGGAGCGUGAGGGCCGCGUGGCCGUCUUCUACGAGGACACUCUGGGGAACUACCCUUACUUUGUGGACAAGGACACUCCGGUCAACGGGGGGGUGCCGCAGUACACGCGCCUGGACAACCACCUCCAGAAAACACAACAGGACUUGGAGGCGGCUCUACCCGCCCCGAGGUAUCUGGGGUUGGGGGUGCUGCGGUGGUCAGAGUGGGCCCCCCAGUGGUCCAGGAACCGAGAGAAGAAGACGAUGUAUCUGGAGGCGUCGAGGAACCUGCUGAAGGCUUUCUUCCCUAACUGGACCCCAGAGGAGGUGGAGAGGUGGUCACAGGUGGACUUCGAGGCAGCAGCCCAGUCAGUAAUGACCGAGACACUACGAGAGGUCAAAAGGUUACGGCCCAAAGCAUUAUGGGGCGUCUCCCCUUACCCCAGCUGCUACAGCGGCGACCCCGCCCAAACCACGUUAGCCAAUUACACCGGCCAGUGCCCCCCUGCGGAGAUGACCCUUAACGACGAGCUCCUGUGGCUGUGGAAACGAAGCUCCGCCCUCUACCCCCUCCUCACCCUGGAGAAGCUGCAGGGGGGGACGGCUGGAGCCAGGCUUUAUUUAUCCAGUCUAAUAAGAGAAGCACUACGAGUGUCCUCUCUGCCUGGGACGGCGUUUGAUCUUCCUGUGUUCCCAUUGGUCAAGAGCGUCUAUGCCUCAACCAACACGUUCCUGUCACAGACAGACCUGGUCAGCACCAUCGGAGAAAGUGCUGCCAUGGGAACGGCUGGAGUCGUCAUCUGGGAGAGAAGUGAGACUAAGACGGAGAGAGAGUGUCAGGACCUGGCAGAGUUUGUCCGCAAGGUCCUGGGACCCUACUCCAUCAACGUAACCACGGCGACUCGACUCUGCUCAGCGUCUCUGUGCCAGGGAAAGGGCCGAUGCGUCCGUCAGAACCCGGAAAGCUCCGCCUAUCUCCACCUCCCGCCCCCGGUGGACGUGGUGGAGAAGGUGACGGAAAAGGCAGAAGCAGCAAAAGCCACAGAUCAGCCGGACGCCGACACGAAACCAGCUGAACCAGCUGAACCAGCUGAACCAGACCCGGCCGAGACGUGGAAGAAAGACUUCCAGUGUCAGUGGUACAAGACGGCAGACGGGGACGUCGCAGACCAGCAGUCCCCCAAAGACGGAGCAUCUGUUGGGGGAACGACAGAAGAAAACGCUGGAGAUGUGGCGGGAACUACGACCGCUUCCACAGUAGCUUCUGCAACAAAAGGAGCCUCAGUGCCUGAGCUAAGAGGAAGCAGUUCACCAGGUACUGCAGGUCUCCUGGAGCUGCCCACAGACGGAGGCACACAUCCACUGAGUGCCCCCCACCUGACUGUCCUGCUGCUGCUGGUGGCUGGAAGUCGAUGCCUGGAACCUUAAACUGUGAAACAAGCCGGCCUUCACCUGGAAGGUCUGGGCUGUAACAGCCCUUCUUAAGUGCCCUUGAGCAAGACACUGAGGCCCUGCUGGCUGCAGGCGUGCUGCUCUGUAGCUCAACGUCACCUGAAUAUCACAAAACACAAAGGAGAACAAACUCAGUCUAAACCUCAGUGGAUGUGCCAAGAGACGGUUUCUGCUGGCUGUAUUUACACCUCCUUCAGGAAGGAGCGACGCCUCCUUAGACUGACCUGUCAGUGUGCUGCUAUCAGCUGACUGUCACAUGACAUCAGCCCGACAGUCGUCCAAUCACAGAUACACAAAAGCUUUUAUUGUCUUUGCACACUUUGUUUCUCCAUUUACUCGUCAGUGUUUGUUAUGUGGAAAUUAUUUCUUCAUUUUAAGGCCUCGUGUAGUGAAGAGUUUCUCUGUCCAAUAAAUAGAUGUGCUGGGUUCACCACACAAACAAACAAACAAACAAACAGGAAAAAAACUGCUGUCAACAUCUCUGGGACUGUUUCUUGAGAUUAUCCAAAUUAUCUGGGACAGUUUUUAAUUUUGUUUUUGCACCACAAAUAAAAUUCCUCUCAUUUUAUCUGGACGUCAGCAGAAACAUCUCAGAAACAAUCCGUCAAAAUCUGGACAAAUAAAACCAAAAUCUAUCUGCACCACCUGACGUCAUGGCAAUUUCUGCUCUUUUCUAAUGUGGAUGAAUCAAACCUUUAAUUUACCAGAGAUGUUGCCCAUAAAAUGAUUUAAUUUGUGCAUUGAGUUGUGGUUUAAAGUCUGAGAGCCGCAUGUCUUCAUUCAAAUUCAAACAGAAUGUGUGUAAACAAAAACAUCAGACAACAGAGUUUACAUGAGACAAAUGUCACUAACUGCAGCCGCUCAGCUGAACUCCAGCAGGAAUCACUGGAGCUCUCCGGCGCCCUCUGCCUGAGCUCUGCAGAAACUGCACCACUCAACAAAGUCACAGCAGGAAAAGCACAGGUGUAAAUAAUAAAAUGAAGGAUGGCUGAAUUCCAUUUAGCUGCUUCGGUUUCAGGUUCCUGGGCUGCGGUCGAAAAGUCUAAAUGAUUUCCCUGACCACGACUCCUCGACGGAAAACUUCCUGAGGUCAAAGAUGUGAAGGAGAAUUCAUCAGCACUGCUCUCAACAUAAACUUUACUUAUCACAAGAGCGAUGAGUCGUCCGUCACUAACCACAGACACAAACACAAACAGGAGAGAAACGUAGAAACAAGAAAACAUGAAAGAAAAAUACAAAGAGAGAAAAUUGAGCCAGUAAAUAAUAAUUAAAUAGAAAUAAUGAACUGAAGAGAUCAGAGCAGACCGCAGCCCCGUCGUUACCGUUGACAACAUGUGUGCUUCUCCGUCUCCUGUGAAGAAGCUCUGUUAGUCACACCAGCAUGUAAUUAAGUCCCUUUAAAUAUGAGUGUGGUUGUUAUAAAUGCAGUAUCUGUUCAUUCGAAGGACAAACACGUCAGUCCUUAAUAGACAAUCUGUUUAUAUGUAAAUAUUUUUCUAAGUCUUCCUCCCAGUCCUCGUCCUCCAGAGCUCAGACUGAUGUAAAAAACACUGACACGUUUUGUUUUUGCAGCUCAUGUAAAUUUAUUUGUUAUUUUUCAUUAAAAUAUACACUCAA